CGUGUUUGGACGCCGCCCAAAAGAGGAGUUCGCCUCCUUUCAAGAAAAAUCACUCUCGCUCUUUCUCCGUCUCUCUCCGACUCUCUCUCUCUCUCUCUCUCUCUCUCUCUCUCUCUCUCCAGUGAUCUUCGUUCGAUUCCAUCCGAGGGGGUUUUGUGACCACCAUCAGCAAUGGCAAUGGCUGCGGCUCUCCGACGCGAAGGAAGGCGAUUCGCUCCCCUCGUGUCGUCAUCUUCUUCCAUCCUCAAUAGCGGAGUCACUGCUCGAUCAUCACUUCUUUCAGAGGAGUUGGGCCCUCAGGGAGCUCGCUCAAUCUCUACUCAAAUUGUCAGAAACCGGAUGAAAAGUGUUAAGAACAUCCAGAAAAUCACAAAGGCAAUGAAGAUGGUUGCAGCUUCAAAGCUACGAGCAAUUCAAGUCAGGGCAGAAAAUUCACGUGGCCUGUGGCAGCCAUUUACUGCACUUCUUGGGGAUACUCCCAGCAUUGGUGUGAAGAAGAACGUUAUUGUCACAAUUUCCUCUGACAAAGGUCUUUGCGGUGGGAUCAAUUCUACAUCAGUCAAGAUCAGCAAGGGUUUUUACAAGCUGAAUUCUGGUCCAGAUAAAGAAACGAAGUACGUCAUUUUGGGAGAAAAGGCCAAGGCUCAGUUGGUGCGUGACUCUAAGAAGCACAUAGAGAUGUGCAUAACGGAGUUGCAGAAAAAUCCACUGAAUUAUACUCAGGUUUCUGUUCUCGCAGAUGAUAUUUUAAAGAAUGUUGAGUACGAUGCUCUGCGGAUUGUUUUCAACAAGUUCCACUCAGUUGUCUCGUUUUUGCCAACAGUGGCAACCAUAUUAUCUCCGGAGGUUGUGGAAAGAGAAUCUGAAUCUGGGGGAAAGCUUGGUGAUUUGGAUUCUUACGAGGUAGAAGGGGGUGAGACUAAAGCGGAAGUGCUUCAAAAUCUUACAGAAUUCCAAUUUUCUUGUGUUAUGUUCAAUGCGGUUUUGGAGAACGCAUGCAGUGAGCAAGGAGCGAGGAUGUCUGCCAUGGAUAGUUCUAGCAGGAAUGCUGGAGAAAUGCUUGACCGCCUCACGCUUACUUAUAACAGAACCCGUCAAGCAUCGAUCACCACCGAGCUGAUUGAGAUCAUAUCCGGGGCUUCGGCACUGACUGGCUAAAUAUGCAAAGAUUGUCAGCGUUCCUGACCUGAUAAAUAAACUAUUGCAAUCAAAGGCUUUGUUUUGUUGCCUGUGUUGGACUUUCUUCACUGCCUUUUUGUUUUUCAUUGUCAGAUCUUUGUCAAACUAAAUAAUAUCCUGUGGGUCAUUGUGACAUAGACCCAAGGAUUUCAUGAGCAUCAUGUCUUCCUGCUCUCUUUUCGAAUUUCAGAUUUUUCUUGAAUUGAAGCUAAGAUUUUGCCUUUUGUUCUAUUUA